AUGUCCAGUGGUUUCUCUCAUUUCACACCAAUUGAGCAGGCUUUGGAAGCGUUCAAGAAGGGCAAGUUUCUGAUGGUUCUGGACAAUGAAGACCGGGAAAAUGAGGCAGAUCUGAUCUGUGCAGCUGAAAACAUCACCCAAGAGCAAAUGGCGUUUUUGGUGCGCUAUUCUUCCGGGUACGUGUGUGCUCCUAUGAGUAACAGCAUUGCAGAUCGCAUCGAUCUACCUCUAAUGCGUGAAAUGAACGUGAAAUCGUCUAGAGAUGACCGUCAUGGAACCGCAUACACAAUAACGUGCGAUUUUGCAGACGGCACAACAACAGGUAUCUCAGCACACGAUCGGGCGCUAACUUGCCGCAAGCUGGCAGACGGUUCGACCAAACCUUCAGAUUUCUUGAAGCCGGGCCAUAUUGUGCCCCUCAGAGCCGUUGACAACGGUGUUUUGCAACGAGACGGUCAUACCGAGGCAGCUGUCGACCUGUGUAAGCUUGCUGGCAAAGCUCCCGUUGGCGUUAUCUGUGAGUUAGUCAGAGACGAAGACGGACUCAUGAUGAGACUAGACGACUGCAUAAAGAUGAAGGAAAAAUUCGGUAUCGACAUCAUCACGAUCGAGUCGCUCAAAAACUACCUGUCAAAGUGA